AUGGACCUCCCAAAUAUCGAAACACGCAGUAGCGGUGCCGACAACAACAACCCAGCCUCCGGUGACGACGACCAACAACCACACAACAACAACAACAACAACAACAACAACAACAACAGCAACAACCAAACCAGUCGUCUCUGGCGUCGGCUCAACCUCUUUGGUCAUCAUCGCGACAACAACGCGGGGGGGAAUGGAUCGAUACAGGGUGGUGGUGGGUUGGAGGAUGAUAUCACACAAAAUGGCAGCGGAAAAAGACAAAGUAGAAAGGUAGUCCCCGGUCUGCCUCGGGCGCCAACUUUCAAGAGGCAGCAGUCCGAGAAACGGCAUCGGCUCGAGCCGAUCCGACCGACGGCCGCGGAGAGGAGGGCAGUGUCAAUGGACAGGAGGGUUGUUGUGCAAGGCAGCAGCAACGGUGGUGGCGAUCCAAGGACUAGCGCGCCGGAUGUUCUCCUUCUUGCGCACGAGGGGGGGUAUUCGUCGCAGUCGCAGUCGGUGCCGCCGCCCUCGUUCCCCAUUGACACUGAUGGGGAAGGCUAUUUCGGGGGGCGAUAUACUGCAGCCACGCAAGGAUUCGACGACCACUCCAACGACGCCGACGACGACGGCGAGGCGAUGUCUGACGACGGCGGCAGGCACUCGGUCACGACGUCGCAGUGGGAGGCCAGGAUCCACGACGAGCUGGAGCAGAUCUGGAUAUUGAACCUGUCGAUGCACUUCCGGGACAAGUCCAAGAGGGAAAAGUUUUUUGUGACGUACCGGCAGCAGGAGCACCUCUGGAGGAGGGUGACGGUUAGUUUGGAUUAUCGGAACGCGCCCGAGGGGAGCUUGGAGAUGGAGCUGGCGGGGACGAGGUUUCAGAGGGAGAAGAGCGCAAAGAUCUACGAGGCUAUUCGGGAGAGUCUGAUGGAUAUUCAGUUUUAUGACACGGUGACGAACCUGAAGCUGCAGACUACGGAUGGGAGGUUGCAUGUGCAUGUUGUAGAGGAUGUUAAUGAGAUCAUCAGCUAUCCAUCAGUUCGUCUGAUCCAGCACACGAGAUGUAGACGGGUCAAGGAGAGGGAAAUGGAGUUUGACUCGCACAUGUCGGGGUUUGUGUACAAGAUGAGGGUGAAUGGGCAGAUACUGAUCAAGAAGGAGAUUCCGGGACCGGAUACGGUGGAUGAGUUUCUUUACGAGAUCAACGCCCUCAACUCGUUGCGCUCGGCGAGGAACGUCAUUCAGUUUUAUGGGGUUGUUGUUGACGAUCGGGAGGAGCACGUCACGGGCAUUCUGAUCAGCUACGCUGAGCAGGGCGCGCUGAUUGACAUCUUGUAUGAUCACGCCCAUGAGCACCCGCCUCUUCCUUGGUCGAUUCGCGAGAAAUGGGCGAGGCAGAUCGUGGCUGGGCUGUCGGAGAUUCACGAGGCCGGGUUUGUCCAGGGGGAUUUCACGCUUUCAAACAUUGUUAUUGAUCACAACAGCGACGCGAAGAUUAUCGACAUCAACAGGCGGGGUUGCCCGGUGGGUUGGGAACCGCCAGAAGCAACGCCGAUGAUUGAGUGUAAUCAACGGAUCUCGAUGUACAUCGGGAUCAAGUCUGACCUCUACCAACUCGGCAUGGUGCUCUGGUCGUUGGCGACGCAAGACGAUGAGCCAGAAGCACAAGGGAGACCGCUGCAGAUCGCGGACGAUGUGGAUGUGCCGGCGUGGUUCGCGAGGAUAGUGUACAUUUGUCUGAGCGACAACCCGAGGAAUAGGCUGCAGGCCCUGCAGCUGCUGUCGCUGUUCCCGCAGCCGGAGGAGCCGUUGACUGCCGUUCCGCAUCAUCAUCACAUUCACGAGGACAGUUACCUGCCGCAGGAGUACAUGUCGGAUAUAUUCUCGAUCACGAGCCAGCCGCCGAACGUGAUGAAUGGGAACAUGGGGAAUGAUUGGCAGUAUAUCGGGCCGAACAGCCCUACCAACCCUUAUGGCGGGGGGACUUUUGCGGAGGAUCCGUAUUUCUACCCGCCGCCGAGGGGGAGGUCGCCGCCCUCGCCGCAGCCAAGCAACCACGAGGACGAGGGCUGUGAACCGACGGGGAGGUUUGGGGCGAGGAGGUUUAAUACUUGGAGUGUGGGGGAGGGAUGGAAGCCGAUGGUGCCGAGUGUCAGCGAUUUGCCUCCUAGGAGUGUGCUUGGGGAGGAGUCGGACGUGGGGGGUUUCAGGAGGGGAAGGCAGAGGGUUAGCCCAAGGCAUGGGAAGAUUGCGGUUAGUGAUUAUGGGGGGAUUGAUGGAACGGUGGCGAGUCAGACGUUGGAGAUACCUAAGCAAGGGGUAGGGGUAGGGGUAGGGGAGAAGGAGUUCAAGACGCCCGAGUCGAGGGCGGAUAGUGGGAAGGAUAUGACCGAGUUGGGGAGUACACCCAGAGAUGGAGGUGUGCUGGGGUUGGGGGGCGGGAAGGAGGGGGUAGAGGUUUUGAGGGAGACGGAAAAGUUGUUUCCGAGUACUAACAAAGACUUGGAGCAACCGCUGGCUUUGGAACAACAGGAGGAAUAUACCGCGGUGAUGGGGACUAGUCUGGGGAGGUUGGGAAGGCCGGACGAUUUGAAUAACGUUGGAGGGGCCUUUUCGUUCGACCAAAGGAGUAGGGGAAUGCAGAGGAAGGGAAGUACGAGCAGUGGGAGUGGCGGGAUCGAGGGGGAGAUUGAGGAGGAGGAUGAAAUGGGGGAUGAGGAAGAGGAUGAGUUGGAUAUGGAGUUGGAUGGGGAAUUACCUGGGGAUUUAGAGAAGACAAUUAGGUUGCAGACGCAGCUGCUGUCUGUUCCCUAA